AGAAGGGGGCCGGUCAAGGGAAGUGCGACGUGUCUGAGGAGCCUUUUUAUACCUCCUUCCCUGGAGCCCGGCAGCCACCGCCGCCAUCCGCGUCUCUGCGUCCUGGACCCGGGCUCCGCCACAGCCGCAGCAUGUCGGGGGUCAAGAAACAGAAGACGGAUCAGCAAAAAUCCACCAAUGUGGUCUACCAGGCCCAUCAUGUGAGCAGGAAUAAGAGAGGACAGGUGGUUGGAACCAGGGGAGGAUUCCGAGGAUGUACCGUGUGGCUAACAGGUCUCUCUGGCGCUGGAAAAACAACCAUAAGUUUCGCUUUGGAAGAAUACCUUGUGUCCCAUGCCAUCCCUUGUUACUCCUUGGAUGGGGACAAUGUCCGUCAUGGCCUUAACAAGAACCUGGGAUUCUCUCCCGGGGACCGCGAAGAGAACAUCCGCAGGAUUGCAGAGGUGGCCAAACUCUUUGCUGAUGCCGGCCUGAUCUGCAUUACCAGCUUCAUUUCUCCGUUCACAAAGGAUCGUGAGAAUGCCCGCAAAAUCCAUGAGCUAGCAGGACUCCCAUUCUUUGAGAUCUUUGUAGAUGCGCCUCUAAACAUCUGUGAAAGCCGAGAUGUGAAAGGACUUUACAAACGGGCUCGAGCUGGAGAGAUUAAAGGGUUCACAGGCAUUGAUUCUGAUUAUGAGAAACCUGAGACUCCAGAGUGUGUGCUGAAGACCAACUUGUCUUCAGUAAGUGAGUGUGUGCAGCAGGUUGUGGAGCUUCUGCAAGAGCAGAACAUUGUACCCCACACCACCAUCAAGGGCAUCCAUGAACUCUUUGUGCCAGAAAACAAAGUCGAUCAGGUCCGAGCUGAGGCUGAGACUCUUCCAGCAUUAUCAAUUACCAAGCUGGAUCUGCAGUGGGUGCAGAUUCUGAGUGAAGGCUGGGCCACGCCCCUCAAAGGCUUCAUGCGGGAGAAGGAGUACUUGCAAAUUAUACACUUCGACACUCUGCUGGACGGCGUGGCCCUCCGUGAUGGAGUCAUCAACAUGAGCAUUCCCAUCGUACUGCCCGUUUCUGUGGAUGACAAGUUGCGGCUCGAAGGGUGCAGCAAGUUUGCCCUGAUGUAUGAAGGUCGGAGGGUGGCUAUACUACAAGAUCCUGAGUUCUAUGAGCAUAGGAAAGAGGAGCGUUGUUCCCGAGUGUGGGGAACAGCCACUGCAAAGCACCCCCACAUCAAAAUGGUGAUGGAAGGUGGGGACUGGCUCGUUGGUGGAGACCUGCAGGUGCUGGAGAGAAUACGGUGGGAUGACGGGCUGGACCAAUACCGCCUAACGCCACUGGAGCUCAAGCAGAAGUGGAAAGACAUGAAUGCUGAUGCGGUGUUUGCAUUCCAGUUACGAAAUCCUGUCCACAAUGGCCAUGCUCUGCUGAUGCAGGACACCCGCCGCAGGCUCCUGGAGAGGGGCUACAAGCACCCAGUCCUCCUGCUACACCCUCUGGGGGGCUGGACCAAGGACGACGACGUGCCUCUAAACUGGAGGAUGAAACAGCAUGCAGCUGUGCUGGAGGAAGGAGUCCUGGAUCCCAAGUCAACUGUUGUUGCCAUCUUUCCGUCUCCUAUGUUGUACGCUGGUCCCACAGAGGUCCAGUGGCAUUGCAGAUGCAGGAUGAUUGCAGGGGCCAAUUUCUACAUCGUGGGUAGGGAUCCGGCAGGAAUGCCCCACCCUGAGACAAAGAAUGACCUCUAUGAACCUACCCACGGGGGCAAGGUCUUGAGUAUGGCCCCUGGUCUCACCUCUGUGGAAAUCAUUCCAUUCCGAGUGGCUGCCUACAAUAAAACUAAAAAGGCCAUGGACUUUUAUGAUCCAGCAAGGCACGACCAGUUUGACUUCAUCUCAGGAACUCGUAUGAGGAAGCUUGCCCGGGAAGGAGAAGACCCCCCAGAUGGUUUCAUGGCUCCCAAAGCAUGGAAAGUGUUGACAGAUUAUUACAGAUCUCUGGAGAAGAUCAACUAAGUAUCCUUGGUUCUGGUCUCUUUGAAAUGCUCUUCGGCUAAUGAUUUUUUCUAUUUUUGUGAUUAAAUGCUUUAUAUCCAAUUGCUUCUCGAUGACUAAUUUUAAAGUUAGUAUUUUGUAAUGAGGCAAAAAGUUGUGCCUAUAAUUUAAAACCAACUUCAUUAUGUAUAUGAGAACCAUACCGGAGACUAAAUCUUAGGUAAAAACAUUGUUAUACAUUCCAGAAUGAAAGCAGUUUACUCUACUUCAUCCCAGCCGUUGUGUCAGAUUUCUUGAAAAUCUGACAAGUGUCUAGUUGACUUGCCCAAACACAAGCAUACUUAACUUUGCCAAGCUGGAACUUACUGGAAGUAAUAAUGUCACUUACCAGAAGUAAUAAACCAUACAAACAGCCUCUUCUAUGUAACUAACAAAAAAAAAAAAAUCUGUCAGCCUAAAGGAAAUGUGGUUCACAUAAGGAUUUUUUUACCUCAUGACUAUAAAGUCUCACUGCCCAACGUAUGAAGUGAAGAUGCAACUGGAAGAAAUAUGUGUGAAGAUGUGAAUUAAAUCUUAAAGAAAUAUGUGACUUACUUCUGCUGUGAAAAUGACAUGGUCUUGCAGGAAGAGAAGUUCUAGUAGCCUUCUAUGAAUAGUAACUCCAGUAUUGUGGCACUUGCCAGUAGUGUAGUGUGCUUUGAUGAAAAGAAUUCCUCCCAGGGACUAAUUCUCCAUCAGGAAUACUGUUGAAAACUACAUUUCCCACACUUUGCUGUGGCCAUAGUUAUCUUGAAGAGGCACCUAUCUGAUUGCAGCUGUAACCAAAACUGACCCACAGAUUAGACUAAGAAGCUAAAACAGUUGGUUUCUGCAGAAAAGGUAAAACCCAAACCUCAUCUGAAUGCAGAGAGAUGACUGAGAGCUGCUGAGACCGUAACACAGAAUAGCCAUUACCAAACCCUGCUGACACUGAGCGCCCAACCACCACACUCCUAAGCUAGGUCCCUGUCUACAUUAGACAGCACAGGAGCUGGUUCUGAUUCCUCGAAGCUACUUAACGAAGGUCUCCUGGAGAAUGCUAAAAAGUGGCCUUCUUGGAGACGGAAAGGUUCAGGGUAUCCCAAACUCUUAAUGUUACAAGCUUCCAGGUGGCGCCUGUUUUGAGAAAUCUCUUGAUAAUUUUUAUUUUCUAAGAGGUAAUUCUUGUAUUUUAUGUAUGGUUCAUUGUUCAAAGGAAAAUGUAACAUAAAACAUUUUAUAUACAGGUUUCUCUGGAAGAGACCUCAAACUGAAAAGAGAAGCUGAUUUUUUUUCAUACUGCCAGUUUUUUUUAAAAAAGCUAAUAAAAGCUCUUUUGAGAGUAAGUUACGUACCAUGACCACAGCAAAGUGAGUCUUCAACUGUAUAGUGCCUGUGUUCAUCUCUGUCACAGCUUCUCACUGCUGCCUCUGAAACUAUGUAUUCAUUGAGAACAUGGCAUUGUAGUGCCUUACCAAAUGAAAAAAAAAUUGUGAUUUUUAAAGACACAGAAAGCUGCCUUUCUGCUCUAGUACUAGAGUUAGUAUAACUGUUUCAGUGUCCAAAUGAUGUUUGUUCUUACUUCAAUAAAUCUCUCAAAGACCA